AUGUUGCAGGAACUUCCUCUCACACACACCUCUCACAUUGCUAGCGAGGAACAGUCAUCGCCUGGGCAAAGCAGCCCCUGUGGCAGUCAAUUGGAUUCGAAGCCAGUUUGCCCUCUUUGUCGUGGAGAGAUCUAUGGGUAUGUUGUUGUAGAGGCUGCUCGCCACUUCAUGAAUGCCAAAGUGAGGAAUUGCUCUUCUGAGACAUGUGACUUUAGUGGGACUUAUUCAGAACUGAGGAAGCAUGCUAGGUCUGAACAUCCUACUGUCCGUCCAUCCGAGGUGGAUCCAACUCGGCAUAGUGAUUGGGUAAGGUUGGAGCGUGAAAGGGACUUGGAAGAUGUUCUUAGCUUGGUCCAACAAGGACCCGGAGAUGAACUUCUUGAUGAUUCAUCAGGGGAUCUUAAUUCCUGGAUGUCGACCGUGUUCGCUGCAAUGUUCCGUUCUCUUGAGGUCAUGCUUGUGACUCGUUUGAUGGAUUCUUCAAGUGGCUCUUCAAGUGGCAGAGAGCAGCAGACGCAUAACCGCAGAUCAGGAAGGAUAUCCAGGGUUCGUUAUGACAAUGAUACCAUUCCUUCCACUAGACGGAGCAACAAUGUAUCAGAUAUUACAUCUCGUCCCAGACGUCUGCGAUGGCGGGCACUGAAUGAUGAUGUGGGGACUAGCCGUUCCAGAUGGGGUCGCAAUUCCAUGUCUGGGGAGGCUGGUGGUCAUGCGCCUAGAUGGGGCAACAGAGACCAGUCGUUGGCCUAG